AUGUUGGGUGGCGUCGAGAGCAAAUGGUGGGCAUCAGCGCUGGGCUCGAAAGCGCGAGCAAGGCCUGUGACCAUCGCCGAGCUAGCGGACUCGCCCGAGAACAAGUCGGAUCCGCGGCCACUGCAUGCGCGUGUACCUGAUAUUGUAGAAUCGAUGUUUGCCUCGUUUGCUUCGGUAGGCGCACGCACUCUGACUUUCGCAAUGACUCCGCGACAGCAGGACCAACACCGUUGA